AUGGCAACCCACCAGUGUGAUCCCAGCAAGAAGACCCCAGGAGUGUACAACCGCAAGAAGACCCCAGGUACAGUGCAAGCAGAGGGGCGGAGAGACCAACCACCCUCAGAGAUUACCUCCCAGGCGUUCCCCUUACAACAAGGAGGGAACGGCCAACUGCAAUACUGGCCGUUCUCUGCCUCUGACCUAUACAACUGGAAACAGCACAACCCUCCUUUCUCCAAGGAUCCUGUCACCUUGACUAAUCUAAUAGAAUCUAUAUUAAUUACCCAUCAACCUACUUGGGAUGACUUCCAGCAGCUCUUGCAAACUCUCCUGACCUCAGAGGAGAAACAGAGGGUUUUUCUAGAAGCGAGGAAGAAUGUGCCAGGGGAGAACAAACAGCCGACUCAGCUACCGAACGAGGUCGAUGCCGCCUUCCCCUUGACCAGACCCAACUGGGAUUUUACCACAGAUGCAGGGAGGGGACACCUACACCUUUAUCGCCAGUUGCUCAUAGCGGGCCUCCGAGGGGCCGGUAAAUGCCCCGUCAAUUUGGCACAGGUAAAGCAAUCGGCGCCUGACAUUAGAAAUAAGUUACAGAGGCUGGAUGGACUACAGGGCUACACCAUCCAGGAUCUACUAAAGGAAGCAGAACAUAUCUAUAAUAAGAGGGAGACUGUAGAAGAGAGAGAGGACCGUAUACGCAGAGAAACUGAAGAGAAGGAGACAGCUAGGGACCGUAAACGAAGUAAGGAGCUAAGCCGCCUCUCGGCCACUUUAGUGCAGAAUAGCAAUAGGUCAGAUAGGCAGGGAGACCAGAGGAGGCCCAGGGUGGAUCGGGACCAGUGUGCCUAUUGCAAGAAGCCAGGCCACUGGGGGAGCCAAGUCCAGGAGUCCCCACCCACGCCUAGGCUAACUCUCAGAGUCGGGGGGCAACCAGUCACCUUCCUAGUCGACACUGGAGCUCAGCACUCGGUCCUCACCACCUCCCGGGGCCAACUCAGCGGACAGACAGCCUGGGUGCAAGGGGCCACCGGUGGAAGGCGAUACCAUUGGACUACUGAAAGGAAGGUGCAUCUGGCUACCGGUAAGGUUUCUCAUUCUUUCCUCCACAUCCCCGACUGUCCAUACCCACUACUGGGACGAGACCUACUGACCAAACUCAGAGCACAGAUCCAUUUCGAGGGGAAUGAGGCCACAGUGUCAGGCCCAAGUGGAGCCCCUCUCCAAGUAUUAACUCUCAAAAUGGAAGAUGAAUACAGAUUGUUUGAGGGGGAACCUACAGUGAAACCCGAGAUAGACUCUUGGCUGGAAGAUUUUCCCUUGGCCUGGGCUGAAACUGGGGGCAUGGGUUUAGCUAAACAACAACCUCCCAUAGUCAUUGAGUUAAAGGCAACAGCUACACCCAUCUCGAUUAAACAGUAUUCCAUGCCUAAUGAGGCCUAUCAAGGAAUUAAGCUUCACAUCAAAAGACUCUUGGACCAGGGGAUCUUACUUACUCCCUGUCGGUCGCCAUGGAACACUCCACUUCUACCCGUCAAAAAGCCUGGCACAGGCGACUACCGACCGGUACAGGACCUUAGGGAAGUUAAUAAGAGGGUGGAGGAUAUACACCCCACGGUGCCCAACCCAUAUAACCUUUUGAGUACCCUACCACCCACUCAUCCGUGGUAUACGGUGUUAGACCUAAAGGACGCCUUCUUUUGUCUCCGGUUGAGCCCUAAGAGCCAGCCAAUGUUUGCUUUUGAAUGGAGGGACCCCGAACUAGGAAUUUCAGGACAAUUGACCUGGACGCGGCUCCGCCAGGGAUUCAAGAACAGCCCCACUCUCUUCGAUGAAGCCUUACAUCAGGACCUUGCAGACUUCCGGGUUCAGCAUCCAUCCCUGAUUCUACUCCAGUACGUGGAUGAUCUCCUACUGGCAGCUCCAACCGAACGGGACUGUCUUAAAGGUACCGGGGCCCUACUACAAACCCUCGGGUAUCUUGGGUACAGAGCCUCCACCAAGAAGGCCCAAAUUUGCCAGACAGAAGUGACUUAUCUGGGGUACAAAUUAAAAGAAGGACAGCGUUGGCUAACGGCCGCGUGCAAGGAAACUAUAUCCCAGAUCCCAGUUCCCGGGGGUCACCGGCAGCUGAGAGAAUUCUUGGGCACUGCUGGGUUCUGCAGGUUGUGGAUCCCCGGAUUCGCUGAAAUGGCGGCUCCUCUGUAUCCCCUAACCAAACAAGGGGCUCCCUUUGAAUGGACAGAGGCACAACAGCAGCCCUUUAGUAACAUCAAACGGGCCCUACUCUCUUCUCCAGCCUUGGGCUUGCCUGACCUAACCAAACCUUUCAACCUAUUCGUGGACGAGAAGCAAGGCUUUGCAAAGGGGGUCUUGACCCAGAGGUUCGGGCCAUGGAAGCGACCCAUCGCCUACUUGUCCAAGAAAUUGGACCCAGUAGCCUCAGGAUGGCCCUGCUUGAGAAUGGUGGCGGCCAUUGCGAUCCUCAUCAAGGACGCAACAAAGCUGACUCUGGGACAGCCAUUAACUGUACUGGCACCGCAUGCGGCUGAGUCUAUCGUCUGCCAGCCUCCUGACCAUUGGCUAUCCAAUGUCCGCAUGACCCAUUACCCGUCCCUGCUCCUGGACGCUGAUCGGAUUCGCUUCGGCUCAGCAGUCGCCAUUAGUCCUGCAACUCUGCUGCCGCUGCCAGAGGGCCCUAUGUCCCAUGACUGCCUGCAGAUCCUCACGGAAGCACAUGGGACCAGGGUUGACCUGUCCGAUCAGCCAUUAAAAGAUGCGGACCACACGUGGUACACGGAUGGCAGUAGCUACUUGCUGAAUGGAGAACGACGAGCAGGAGCAGCAGUGACCACCGAAAACCAGGCAGUCUGGGCCAGCGCCCUUCCGGGAGGCACCUCGGCACAACGGGCGGAGCUCAUCGCUCUAACUCAGGCGCUCCAGCUGGCAGAAGGUAAGAGACUCAACGUGUAUGCCGAUAGCCGGUAUGCCUUCGCCACCGCCCACAUACAUGGGGAAAUCUACCCAAGGAGGGGACUCCUAACCUCGGAGGGCAAGGAGAUUAAAAAUAAAACUGAGAUCUUGGCCCUGCUCAAGGCCCUAUUCCUCCCCAAGAAAUUGAGCAUCAUGCACUGCCCAGGGCACCAAAGAGGAGACAGUGCAGAGGCAAAAGGCAAUCGUCUAGCAGAUGAGACUGCUAAACAGGCCGCUGUGGGCCCCCAGCUCCUCACCAAACUAGGAGCAGACUAUGAUCCAGAGCGGGACAGAUGGGUGCAUCAAGGAAAAACCAUUGUGCCAACUAAACCUACAAUGGACCUAAUUAAUAACCUCCACAAAUUAACUCAUUUAAGUGCCCGAAAAAUGCAAGUCCUGGUGGACCGAGCAGAGACGAAAACUUUUCCUCAUAGAGAUAAGGCCCUACAAAAGGUCACAGAGACUUCUACGGCUUGCGCUCAAGUCAACGCAGGACAAGCCAAGACUGCCCCCAGGGUCCGUCUCCGGGGACACCAACCUGGAGUCCAGUGGGAAAUAGACUUUACUGAAAUUAAACCUGGCAUGUAUGGCUACAAAUAUCUCCUAGUUUUUAUAGACACCUUCUCUGGAUGGGUAGAGGCCUACCCCACCAAACAUGAAACUGCAAAGGUGGUCACCAAGAAACUAUUAGAAGAAAUCUUUCCCCGAUAUGGGAUGCCUCAGGUAAUAGGAUCAGACAAUGGGCCAGCCUUUGUCUCCCAGGUGAGUCAGCAGGUGGCCAAAGAUCUGGGGAUUGAUUGGAAAUUACACUGUGCAUAUAGAGCCCAGAGCUCAGGUCAGGCAGAACAUAUGAAUAGAACAAUUAAGGAGGUCUUAUAUAAAUUAACGCCAGCAACUGGCUCAAAGGAUUGGGUGCAACUCCUACCCCUGGCUCUGUAUCCAGCCAUGAACACCCCAGGCCCUCACGGCCUUACCCCUUUAGAAAUUCUAAAGGGGCCCCCCCCCGCCAUCACUUUCUUUGAUUCUGAUAUUUCGGGCUAUGCUAAUUCCCCCUCUCUCCAAGCACACCUGCAGGCCCUGCAGAUCGUGCAGAAGGAAGUUUGGAAGCCCUUAGCAGCCGCCUACCGGGACGCCACUGAUACGCGAACAGUGCCUCACCAGUUCCAAAUCGGAGACUCAGUCUGGGUCCGGAGACACCAAACCAAAAACCUCAAGCCUCGCUGGAAGGGACCAUAUACGGUACUCCUGACGACAACGCCUACAGCACUGAAAGUUGACGGUAUCGCUACCUGGAUCCACGCAUCUCACGUGAAGGCUGCCCACCCGGACGCUUCCACGUCUCCUGCCCAGGCAUGGAGACUCUAACGUUCUCAAAACCCCCUAAAGAUAAGACUUAUUCACAAUUACCCCCAUACCCUAAAACAAUUAACCUGGCAGAUAGUCUCCCCAGCAGGAAAUGUCUUGUGGUCUCAGUCAGGGAACCAUGCCGUGGGAACCAGGUGGCCCUCGCUCACCCCGGACUUCUGCCAACUGGUGGCAGGGUCAGACUAUUGGGAUAUACCCGACUAUGAGGCAGACACAUUGCCAGAAAAACUAAGAUCAAACCCUGGCAAUAGAAGCGUGCGUGGCUAUGGUGUCCGGGGAGUCCGGACCUCUAUAGGGUGUGCCACCAUCGAGAGACAGUGUAAACUGGGUCACCAAGACUUUUACGUGUGCCCAAAGGAUGGGAGGGACUUCCACACGUCUCGUAAAUGUGGAAGCUACGACUCUUACUUCGCCGCCUGGGGCUGUGAGACCACCGGCGGUGCAUACUGGAACCCCUCAUCUUCCUGGGAGGUCACCAUAUUACAGGGCUGGGGAAGGGGACAUUGUUCAAACUGUUCUGGAGGACUCUGCCUUCCCCUUAACAUCACCUUUACACCGAGUGGUAAAAAGGCUCCAGAAUGGAGCAGGGGAUACACUUGGGGGCUCCGCUGGUACACAGAAGGAGAAGAUGGGGGGGGGGUUAACUUUAAAAUACAACUUAGAGUACAACAGGCCUCCCAACCAAUCGGUCCCAACCAAGUCCUGGCGGAGCAGAGGCCAGCGUCCUCCUCCGGUUUCAUACCAACCCCCCUGCCAGUGGGUAACUCAGUUAGAGUUGAAAUAACCACACCAACCUCGCCCCCUGACCAGUCCCAGGAUGUCCAGUCCCAAGAAGACUUCCUGGGGACAGGGGAUAGACUUAUUAACUUAGUAAAAGGAGCCCACCAGGCCCUUAACUCCUCAGACCCCGCUCGAGCUAGAGACUGUUGGCUAUGCCUCAGUACUGUUUCAGGAAAUUUCUCUAAUUAUACCAGAGCCCCGGAAUCGGGUUUGGUACUGCCUCACCACAAGCUAACUUUACCCGACGUUUCUGGGCAAGGGACAUGUUUGGGUCAGGUUCCUAGGUCGCACCAGCCACUCUGCAAUCAGACCAUCCAAACUCUGUCAGCAGGGAACUAUUAUCUGGCCGCCCCAAAUGGUACGUACUGGGCCUGUAACACAGGUCUCACCCCCUGUAUAUCGGCCCAAGUGUGGAACCAAACCUCAGAGUUCUGUGUGUUGGUCCAGCUUUGGCCCAGGAUCACCUAUCAUAGUUCAGAGACCGUUUAUGAGUUCUUCGAAGACACCCCUAGAAGGCAGAGGAGGGAGCCAGAAACCAUUACUCUCGCGAUCCUCCUGGGAGUCGGGAACAUUGCGGCAGGGAUAGGCACUGGAACUCAUGCCAUGAUACAGACAGGGAGAUUCCAAGCCUUGCAUGACGCCAUGCAUUCAGACCUAAAAGCGGUUGAAAAGUCAAUCACUGCCCUCGAAAGAUCCCUGACCUCUUUAUCUGAAGUUGUUUUACAAAAUAGACGGGGAUUAGAUUUACUCUUUUUAAAGGAGGGUGGAUUAUGUGCGGCCCUUAAAGAAGAAUGUUGCUUUUAUGCAGACCAGACAGGGGUAGUGAGAGAGACAAUGGCUAAGCUAAGAGAGAGGCUGGCCCUGUGAGAAAGAGAGUUUAGUUCACAACAAGGCUGGUUUGAAGGAUGGUAUAACAGAUCACCCUGGUAUGUUACCUUACUUUCUACUCUUAUGGGACCUCUAGUUAUACUGGUGAUUAUUCUGACAUUUGGUCCCUGUAUCCUUAACCGGCUGGUUCAGUAUAUCAAGGAAAGGCUGUCAGUCAUCCAGACCUUAGUCCUAACUCAUCAAUAUCAGGUUCUAAAGCAACAGGAGAUAGAGAAUCCUCACAACAGUUAAGUAAAGGAUUUUACUUAAGGAUAAAAGAAAUGGGGGAAUGAAAGACCCCCGCCACACUCAUGUAAACCGCGCCCUUUCUAAGAGCGCGAAAUUCCAAAGCUGUGACAUCAUCAAGACGAGUACCCUAUCGGUGGUGCUCUCGCCUUCUACCUCAUUUUGCAUAUCAAGCCUGCCGGACCUGAUUGAGAACAGCUCUUGCAAGGUCCGCAGGACUUCAUAUGCAAAUAAAGCCACUUCUAUAUAAGCUGUACUAAAUCCAGCCCGGGAUGCUCAGCCUCCUGAAGUGCUGCAGCAUCCGCAGGCGCCUGUGUGAGCAAUA